AUGUCUUGGUUUCACUGGCUCCUCACUCAGUGGGUUCCCUUGCUGCUGCUUCUCAAUGUGCUGGGCAGACAGACAGGGCUGCAGGUGGUAAAGGCGAUACUGUGUUCUCGGUGGGGUACACCGAGCAACAAGGGCCUCUCCCAGGAAGGAGAUGUGAUUAUCGGUGGACUCCUUAAUCUGUAUUACGUACCCUCAGCUUUGGAGCAGGGCUUCACCAAACUGCCACAGUAUAAACCUUGCACUGGUUUAGAUCUACUAGCAUUAAAAUAUGUGUAUGCUAUGACGUUUGCGGUGGAUGAAAUCAACCGUAACACCACCCUGCUACCAGGAGUGAAGCUGGGCUACCGUAUACUUGAUAGCUGUAGCCGAUACCCCUGGGCUAUGCAAGCUGCACUGUCACUGGUUGGAGGAGACACACACAGCUGCAACUUAACAGCCUCUAUGUCUCAAUCUGCAGCUCAUGAACAACUUGGAGAAAAAACAGGUGGUCAGCCUGUUGCGCUGCUCAUUGGUGCUGCCACAUCCUCAACAGCCAUAAUACAGUCAAGGAUCCUGGGGCCUCUCUCUAUAAGCUACUUAGCGAGCUGCCCCUGUCUUAGUGACAGGCUCAAGUUUCCUAACUUCUUCAGAACAAUCCCCAGUGAUACUUACCAAGCCCGAGCCAUCGCACGACUGGCCAUACGCUUCAACUGGACUUGGAUUGGGGCAGUUAUAGAAAAUAAUGAUUAUGGUCAAGGGGCAAUACAGAUAUUUCAGGAAGAGAUUCGAGGGAAAGGGGUGUGUUUGGAAUUCAUAGAGACUUUCAGCAGAGAAACUAUUGAACGUGAUGCCAGACAUGCAGCAAACACAAUUCAAGCUUCGACUGCAAGGGUGAUUCUGAUUUUUUGCUGGUAUAUAGAUGUAAAGAAACUAUUUCUUGAACUGGCCAAGAGAAAUGUGACUGACAGACAAUUUCUGGCCAGUGAGGCUUGGAGCACCAGCAGUGAUCUUCUCCAAGAUCUUACCAUUUCUGAGGUGGCAAAUGGAGUUCUUGGUGUGGCCAUUCGAAGUUCGACUAUACCUGGAUUUGAAAAUUAUCUCAAAACUUUGCACCCAAAUCAUCGUCCCAACGAUGAAUUCUUAAGAUAUUUUUGGGAAAAAGAGUUUUCAUGCAGCCCUGGAGCUACACAGUCACAUGCAACACCUUCCUCCUCAUAUUCUUCUUCACCACUGAAAACAAGGUUUGACUAUCCAUCAAAUGUUUCCUCUUCAUCCCCUGAAAAGAGGUCCCUUCAGAAAGACUCACUACCAACCUGCAAUGGGACAGAGUCCCUGGAGGGCAUGCAGCAUGUCUUUACUGACACCUCCCAGUUAAGAGUGGCAUAUAAUGUCUACCUUGCUGUUUAUGCAGCGGCCCACGCCCUUCACAGCCUUCUUUCCUGCCCCAACAGAGAUAACCCUCAUAGAAACAACAGUUCCAUUUGCUCCUCUCCAAAACAUGUCACACCCAUAGAGCUGUUACAGCACUUGAACAAAGUGAACGUCACCACUCCACAGGGAGAAAUGUUUUAUUUCCAAGGGGCUGACAUUCCAGCCAUGUAUGACCUGGUCAACUGGCAGACAACUCCUGAGGGGCCAUUAAAAUUGGUUUUGGUUGGUCGUGUAGAUGAGUUUGAUCUGCACCUUAAUGAGUCAGCUAUUCAGUGGAGCACAGGAUCCAGUCAGGUGCCAAUUUCAGUGUGCAGUGAGAGCUGCCCACCAGGUACCCGAAAGGCCAACAGGAAAGGGGAACCUGUCUGCUGCUUUGAUUGUAUCCCAUGUGCUGAAGGAGAGAUUAGUAAUAAAACGGGUUCCCUUCACUGUGAGCGUUGUCCAUCAGAGUUUUGGUCCAAUGCUAACCAAACUGCCUGCAUCCUUCGCCAGCUGGACUUUCUUUCCUUUAAUGAGACCUUGGGCAUUACUCUGACUACAGCAGCUGUGUCUGGUGUUUUUGUGACAAUAAUUGUCUUUGUGAUUUUUCUGUCAUACCGUCAAACACCCAUGGUACGAGCCAACAAUUCAGAACUGAGCUUCCUUCUUCUUCUGUCGCUGAAACUCUGCUUCCUGUGCUCACUGGUGUUCAUUGGUCGUCCAUCAGCCUGGUCUUGUCGUUUCCAGCAAGCAGCAUUUGGGAUCAGCUUUGUACUUUGUGUUUCUUGCCUCCUGGUCAAGACCUUAGUGGUUCUGGCUGUUUUCCGCUCAGCUCGACCUGGUGCUGAAGCCUUGAUGAAGUGGUUUGGUCCAGGCCAACAGAGAGGAAGUGUCUUCCUCUUCACCUGUAUACAGGUUAUCAUCUGUGUCAUAUGGCUGUCCCUCAGUCCCCCUGUGCCCCAAAGUGAUCUGGGUUUUCAAGGAUCAAAGGUCACCCUGGAGUGUGCCAUGACCUCUGUGGUGGGCUUCUCUGUGGUUCUGGGUUACAUUGGGCUGCUUGCAUGCACCUGCCUCAUCUUGGCCUUUCUUGCAAGGAAACUCCCCGAUAACUUUAAUGAGGCCAAACUGAUCACUUUCAGCAUGCUGAUCUUCUGUGCUGUCUGGGUGGCAUUUGUUCCUGCUUAUAUUAGUUCUCCUGGGAAAUAUGUAGUCGCUGUGGAGAUUUUUGCAAUCCUGGCCUCAAGCUAUGGAUUAUUGUUCUGUAUUUUUGCCCCCAAAUGUUUCAUCAUUCUUUUGAGGCCUGAGAAAAACACUAAAAAACACCUGAUGGCAAGAUAA